AUGCACUCCGAGUCCUCCCUCCGGCAGCGCCGUUCUCUCCGCUCCGGUUUCCCCGCUCCCCGUCCCGCCCGUGGCUGGGCUCUGCUCCGCUCCCUGCUUCUCCUUGCUCUGUGCCGCCCGGUCCUGCGUCCCCCCCGCCCCCCGCACCGCCACAACCCCAACGUCUCCUUCAUCUUCGUGCGCUUCACGGCUUGGCAUUACGUGGGCUGCGAUCGCCUUUGGGCCGGGCUGGUCAGCGCCCUGUGCCGAGCCGUCCGCCUCCGCUUCGGCCCGUGGCCCUUGGCCGUGUUCCACGUGGCCGGGGUCCCCCCCCGCUUCGGUCCGGGCCGUCGGGAUUGGGAGCCCCGAGCGGGCGCCUGCCUGAAGCUGGGAGCGCUGGGGCUGCUCCUGGCCGCGGGGCUGGGGCUGCUGGCGGCGGCCGCGGCCGCUCCGUGGCUCCGCGAACACCGGGCGCUGAACGCGGCCGGGGCGGCUCUGAGCUCCGCGUCCGGUUCGGGGCUCCUGGCCGCGGUCGUGGCCGUGCUCCGCCGGGCGGCGAUCGGAGAACGGCGCCGUUUGGAGCGGCUGGCGGCCGGGGAGAGCUUCGCGGAGCAGCUGGGUUUCAUGAGCAAAGUGCGGGCGGAGCUGGAGGAGCUGGCCCGGUUCCUGGCGGCCAUGGAGGUGUGCGAGGGGAGGCGGCUCCGCGUGGUGCUGCAGAUCUCGGCGCUGGAACGUUGCGGGGCCGAGCGCUGCGCGGGGGUCCUGGAAGCGCUGAACACGCUGCUGGCCGAUCCCCGAGCCCCGUUCGUCUCCGUGCUGGCCGCCGAUCCCGGCGUCGUCGUGCCGUGCCUCGAGAGCUCCGGAGCGUUGCACGGGGUGGGAGGCAACGCUUACGUGUACCUGCGGCGGACCGUCAGCCUGCCCUUCUCCCUGCCACGCAUGGACACGGCGGACAGGAUCGGGGCGCUGAGAGCGCGGCUCGGGGAACGGGACGGCGCCGGGGAACGGGAGCUGCAACGCAACCAGCGGGCAGGGCAGCGCGGGGAGCGGGCGAGGAACGGCAACCAGCGGGCAGGGCACGGCAACCAGCGGGCAGGCGAGCACCCAUUGUCCUACAAUGAGCACCCAUCGCUCCAUGGGGAGCACCCAUCACCCAGCAAUGAGCACCCAUUGUCCUGCAAUGAGCACCCAUCGCUCCAUGGGGAGCACCCAUUGUCCUGCAAGGAGCACCCAUCACCCUACAACCAUCACCCACUGCAUCACCAUGAGCACCCACUGCACCUCGGGGAGCACCCAUCACCCAGCAGUGAGCACCCAUCGCCCCACGGGGAGCACCCAUUGUACACCGGGGAGCACCCAUCACCCUGCAAUGAGCACCCAUUGCCCCACGGGGAGCACCCACACCAUGGGGGGCACCCAUCGCCCCACAGCCAUCACCCAGUGCACUGCAGCGAGCACCCACUGCACCUCGGGGAGCACCCAUCGCCCUGCAGUGAGCACCCAUUGUCCUACAAUGAGCACCCAUCAACCCACGGGGAGCACCCAGCACAGCACGAGGAGCACCCAGUGCACCAUGGGGAGCACCCACCCCACGGGGAGCACCCAUUGUCCUGCAAUGAGCACCCACUGCCCCAUGGGGAGCACCCAUCACCCAGCAAUGAGCACCCAUUGUCCUGCAGUGAGCACCCAUCGCCCUACAACCAUCACCCAUUGCACCACCAUGAGCACCCACUGCACCUCGGGGAGCACCCAGCGCCCAGCAGUGAGCACCCAUUGCACCAUGGGGAGCACCCAUCACCCUGCAAUGAGCACCCAUUGCACCAUGGGGGGCACCCAUCGCCCUGCAAGGAGCACCCAUCGCCCUACAACCAUCACCCAUUGCACUGCAGUGAGCACCCACUGCACCUCGGGGAGCACCCAGCGCCCAGCAGUGAGCACCCAUUGCACCAUGGGGGACACCCAUCGUCCUGCAAUGAGCACCCAUUGCACCAUGGGGAGCACCCAGUGCCCAGCAAUGAGCACCCAUCGCCCUACAACCAUCACCCAUCGCACUGCAGCGAGCACCCACUGCACCAUGGGGAGCACCCAGCGCCCCUCGGGGAGCACCCACCCCACGGGGAGCACCCAUUGUCCUGCAGUGAGCACCCAUCACCCUACAACCAUCACCCACUGCAUCACCAUGAGCACCCACUGCACCUCGGGGAGCACCCAUCGCCCAGCAGUGAGCACCCAUCGCCCCACGGGGAGCACCCAUCCCACGGGGAGCACCCAUCCCCCCACGGGGAGCGCCCUUGGGUGCGUUUCGGGGCGGCCCGUGCCCGGCGCUUCGUGCGGGCGGCGCUGCGCUCCCUGCACGACCCCGCGGAGCCGCUGUCCCGUUACGUCCCCGCCGACGGCGCCCAGCUCCGCCGCCUGCUCAACACCGUCCCCAUCACCGUGCGACUCCUGCUGCACCGCUGCGCCGCCGGGGGGCAG